AUGGGUGCCAAGUGGUGUGGGGUUACAACACCGGUAUUGGAGAAGAAGCACAGGAAAUGGAAGGUGCACGCCAAGCUCAGUGACAUGGCAUUGCAGGAGCUAGUGGCAGAGGCCUGGGCCCACGGAGAGCUGUUCCAACAUGAGGUGGCAGCGGUGGAGCCAGCUCCGUUCCGGCAUGGUGUCAUCCCCGGCUUCCUUGCGGGCACAGCUUUUGCGGAGGCGCUGUGCAACGAGCUGCUGGGCCUCAGUUUCUAUAGCCGACAACACUUUCAACCCCAGCAAACUGUCAAGUCAUUGGUACCUUCAUGGAAUAUGCCGGUUGUCUUUGAAGUGUCUCCAGUCUCUUUCCACCAGGCAAGGUUGUCUGAAGUUCUGUCAGAGAAGUCCAGCUUGUCAGUGAGCGGCUGGUUUCAUGACCCAUCAACAGUCAGACCUGCAUGCUGCGUCAGAGCUCCCUUGUCCAGGAGCCUACACAUUCCCUUCCAGCAUGGAAUCUUGUACAAGUGGAUCGAUCUAGUUUAUUUGGAUAUGAACUCCCAAGCUCAAAUACAGGAGGAAUUUGAGGAGCGAUCAGAAAUUAUACUAAAAGAUUUUCUUAAGAAAGAGAAAUACCAACGACUAUGUGAAGCUUUGAAGAGUAAAGACAUCCAGUGGAGUAGUAGGGGGCCUGCUAAUAAAAGACUCUAUGAGACAGCAGAGGAAGACAGCUUCCCUGACAUCCUGGAUAAAAUCCUGCAGUUCUUGCCUUCCAAGGCCUUGUUUUUACUGCUUUCCAACUUCACUGGCAUAAAGCUGCACUUCCUGGCUCCCUCUGAUGAAGAUGAAGAUGCUCGGGAAGGAAGUGCCACAGACACCACUGGGAACAGCAGUCCCAAACCUGAGCAGGAAUAGGCUGAAAACCACACUGACAGCAAACCCCAUCAGUCAGACUAGCCUGACAAUAUCCCUGAAGCACAAGACAG